AUGACUCAAGAUAUCCUUAUGAGCAGUGAAGAGCCAGUGGCCCACACCAAUGAUACGUCCAGCAAGCAGCUGCAACAGUUUUGCUUGCUGGCCAAGACAGCUCACGGUUCCGCGAUUUUGGAGCUAAUCAAACAAGUUCUGGAAGCUCCGGGCGUCUAUGUGUUCGGUGAAUUGUUGGUUAUGCCCAAUAUUGAGGCGCUCAAGGAGGGUGAACAUGUCAAGUACUACAACACCUUGAAUCUAUUUGCCUAUGGCACCUAUAAACAAUAUCGCCAAAAGCCCGAAGAUUAUUUGGAACUCACCACUGCCAUGCAAAAGAAAUUGCAACAUUUAACCAUUGUCUCGCUGGCCAUACAGAAUAAAUGUAUACCCUAUGAAAUGCUGCUGGAGGAGUUGGAAAUCGAUAAUGUUCGUCAUUUGGAGGAUGUUAUCAUUGAGGCGAUUUAUGCAG